GGCACAAUCCUUUUAGCUUUAACAGCAACACUUGAUUCUUUGAGGCCUAAGCCUUGUGAAGUUGGCUCAACAUCAUGCAGUCCUACACCAAAAGUUCAGUAUGUAGUACUCUAUGCAGCCAUAGUUCUUGCAACUUUGGGGAGUGGUGGUUCCCGAUCAACCCUUUCAACAUUGGGAGCCAAUCAAUUUAAUAAACCAAAGGAUCAAGGGAUUUUCUUCAAUUGGUUCUUUUUCUUCGUGUAUGGUUCUUCUGUAGUAGCAUCCACAGCUGUUGUCUAUGUUGAAGAUAAUGUGAGCUGGAAAGUUGGAUUUUUCAUUUGUGUUGGAGCUAGUGUUCUUGGUUUAGUGAUUUUCCUAAUGGGAAGCAGAUUUUACACCAAUUCUAAACCAGAAGGUAGUCCGUUCACCAGUUUGCCGCGUGUUGUGGUUGCAAGUAUUAGGAAAAGAAAGGAACCACUCCCAUCGGCUUGUGAUGAUUUCUACCAUGGACAUAGUCAUGUUGCAUCCAAAGCAAUAGUUGUUCCACCUUCAAAAACCUUCAG